AUGCCUUUGAAAAGGAAUAUUUUUGAUGAUUUGGAAAGCAGCUCUGCCUCUAUGCUGGUAGUGUCUGUGGGGAAUUUAAAGUUAUAUUCAAAAAUACUGAAACUCCUACCAAAUACAUUCAAAAUUGCAUUAUGCGUGGGUUUAAGGCAUGAACCAAUCAAGGAUGUGUCUUGUAUCCCAAAAAGAAGAGUUUUUGCAACCUUGACUAGAUAUCAUACAGAGAGUAAUGUUGAAAUAGAUCAGAUCGAGCACCGAAUCCAACAUAACUUUGGAAUUCCGAUUCCAUUUUGCCUAGAUAACAAGGCGACAACAGUUCGUGUUGCUAUUUUUUUAGUCAUGAAUGACAGGUCACUGGUUCCGAUUUGUAGGUCAAUGAUAAGAUUGAGUAGUACACGAGACCCAACUACUGCAAUGAGAUGGUUCCCGCUAGUUAAAUAUAAUGGUUUUACAGGAGUGGACACAGUUGAUAAUAUGGAUGAUUUUGAUAUAAUUGGGGAACCAGGGAAAGAAAAGUUAAUGAAAAGACACUUAGUUGUUGGAUCAAUUCAAAUUCUAACCAGAAGAGUACUACAAGACAGGAUUGGGACACCAGACCUUCAUGAUGUGUUGUGUUUUUCAGUAAAUUGUGGAGAGAAUAAUUCCAGAAAUUCAUUGGCAGAACAGUACGAUGAUUCCUCCUCUGAAUAUAGCUUUUCAGAGAAGGAUUUAUCUUCUACUGAAUACGAUGAAGAAAAAGAAAAUCUAUUUAAUGGGUACUAUAGUUCCAAAAUAAAAGGAUGUUAUUUAGAGUCUUCAAUUGAAUCAUUAGAUGAAAAGAUACCUUUUCCUUUUAUACGGUUUAAGGACAUUUUAUCAAAGUACCCAACAUUACAAAAAAUUUUUCAUUUAAUGCCAUUAUAUAAUCAAAAGAUUAACAAGCAAAUACUCUUAUUACAAAAAAGGAAUAAAAAUGCCAAGGUUGUUUUAAUUGGAGAUGAUUUUGGUUCAAAGUAUAGGAGUGGAAUAUCUCUUCCAAUAAAAGUUCCAUCUUCAAUUGAAAACAUUAUGAAAGAUUCUCUGGAUUGGAAUACUUGGUUCUGCAAAACUGUCGAUAUUGCAAUUAUGCAGAGCGUUGAAGCUUAUAGCAAGUCAACCUUAUUUCCAUCUACUGGCAAAUAUAAGGCUGGAAAGUGCAAUAUGAACAAAAAGUCAAAUGAUAAUUAUGUUGGAAAUAAGAUUUCAACCUAUUACUUUGAAUAUUUCAUGAAAAGUAUGGAGUCUAAUAUGGACGUUCUUUUAAUUAACACAAUUUUUGGAGCAGCAGCAACUGAGUUCUCAAGAGACAUUAUAGAUGAUGUGAUUUUCAGAGGUAGAAACCAAGUACGGAAAUUUACUCCUUACAAAAAUCUGUUUGUAGUCUGGGAUUACAUUAUUAAAAGAAGCUACCAAGAGCUGGGAAUGGAUUAUGAAAUUAAAACUAACGAAGAAAAAAUGGGUGAUUCAGUGAUAGAAAACAAAGUUGGUGAGGAAGUUGUAGAUAUAGUUAAUCUGAGUGACAUAUCAGACAAUGAGAGCCAUAACAUUAAAAUACAAGAACAAAAAUUUUGCAAACUUGAAAAUGAUUUUGAUGAAUUUUCCGAAAUUGCAUCUUUUGAAGAACAUAUAGCUGGAGAAGUUGUUGAUGAAGUUCCCUCAGAAAUUGAUUUAAACUCAAAGAAAAAAACAGUUCCUUUAUAUAAUUCUCUGAAGAGGAAGGUGGUAGAUUCUAUUGAAAGGGGCCAAAUAACUCCAUUGCCUGACGACCACCCAUUCUCAAGUUUAAGACUAUUUGAAAAUGACCGUGUAUUCAUCCAUAUGAAUACAAUUGGCAGAGGUCUGCUCGGGAUCUUAGUUCUUGGAGAUAGCCAAACUUCAGCAGAGGAUGCGUCAAAAGUAUACACUAGGGAAAUUUCGGCCCAUAUGGCAAUCAACGAAGCAAUCUUAAGAACAAAGGUAAAAAGAGCAAUUAAAAUCUACAACUCUAUUUCCAGAGGAAAGAUUCCCCCAAGGAAAUUUAUACCAAAUCCAAAAGCUGUUGCUGGGAUUGAUGAUUGCAUUUAUUCUAAUUUAGAUAAAAGCUUUAGUAAUUACGAAAUCGCCUUGAUUCUACUUAAAGGAAUUGAUAAGCUUGUCAGGUCAAGUUCAGAUAUAUUCCAUCCUUCAGUAAAACUUACAACAGUAAGUCCAUCACUAAUAACAUGCGUAGAUUAUUCAGGAUUCAGAAUUGUUGUGCGCCCACUACCAAUAUUACCAUUCACAAUUUGUGAUUGGCCAUUACCGAUACAAAGUAAUGAGAGGAGUGAGAUAUCCAAUAUUGAAAAAUGCUUAAAUAUUACUAAUAUUCUCCACCCAACAAAACUAAUUUCAGAGGUUAGGCAUUUACCAAUCUUGCUCGAGACUUCUAUUGGAAUAUUUAAAUAUUAUAAUUUUCACCAUACAUAUAAUAUUUUUCCAAAAGAUCCUUGGGUUUCAGAUGUCAAGGGAGAAAGAUUGAAUUGGGGGAAUUCUUCAACUGAUGAAUACUAUUAUAAUUAUGAUAUGUCUUCAAGAAGUAAGCUUUUAGGUAGAAAUAAAUACUGCACAAUUAGACCUCUGUUCAUUAAACAAGCUGGAGCAGUUCAGGAUAUGCUCAAAUAUAAAGAUAAAGAUGACAAGAUGAGGAGAUUUCACUAUACUCCUAGUGAUUUGCAGGAACUAUGGAGAAGAGAGAUAGAACCUUCUGGAUUUUGCUUAGUUUGUGCAGCGGAUGUACAACAAAGAAGUUACGGGUUUUUUAACAUAAAAAAGGAUAGGAUGUUAUUUGAACAAGUGCCUAUGAAAACAAUUAGCAAGUUCACAGAAACUAAAACUAAAUUUUUGAUAAAAAUUGAUGACGGAACUCAUUGCAGUUUGUGUGGGAAAUCUAUGAGAGUCAAAGAUCAAACAAAUUCUAAAAACCAAUUGGAAUUGAUAUCAUAUAUUGGUGGCAAAAUUCCAUAUCCAACACUUGGCCAUUAUGAUGAAGGAGCUGCCAUAAGGAUGAACAGAGUUAAUUUAAUGACUUCCUAUAUGCAAUCAUCUAGUGAAUACUUUUCAGAGUGGAGCUUUAGUGAAGGUGACAUCUUUAGAAGAGACCAAAUUUUCUGGGAGAGAAGACCCGGAAUAUAUUGUCUUCCAAGGUCAUGUAUUAAGGGAGGCGGAAAUUUGCUAGGAACAGGGUUGGAUACAAUCAAAUAUUUGUUAUCUCAGGCAAAAUUGCUUUUGACUGCAUUUGAUGAUAAUAUUAGGCUCUCAACUAAUUCUGAUUUUGGCAGAGAAGAAAAGCUUAAGAUUGUGAAAGGUGCUGAUGUUUUCGAUGAGCCGAAGAGACAAAGUACUGUCAAGAUAUUUUUUGAUGAGUCUAAUAUUGGUCAGGAAAUCAUACUUUUGUCUAAUUCUCUGCAUACAAAUUGGAUAGAAAUAGUUUUAAACCAACUAGAAAGUAUUCCAGCUUUUGCACCUUAUGAUUCUGUGACUUUGGAAAAUUUUAUCCAUUCAAGAGGAAUGAAUUGUAACUUAUUGGGCAGGAUGUUAAAUUUCACAAGAUCUCCUUGGCUAAAGCAACUAUUUUCUAUAGAAAUAGUUUCUAGAACAAUUAAGAAUCUGGUUCCAAAGUUGAUUAAAACAUUAUUUUUACCAGGUGGUAUUACAUAUAUCAAAAAAGAAAGUGGUAAUUUAGGAAGAUAUUGUCAUUGUCACAGUUCAAGCCCGAGUUUGUUUAUGCUUCAUACUGUUUUCAAGAUUCAUGUAACCUCAAUAAAAAGAAGAAUUGGGGAUGAGUCUAAUAUGAUGAAGAAUAAAGCAAAAGAUCCAAGAACACAAUUAUUUUCAUCUCAAUUUUUGAACACAGAUGUGGUUACAGACCAAGAAAAAGUGAUUCAUCGAGAAAUGAUGAAUGAGGAAAAAACCAAUACCAACGAUGGUACAUCAUUGAUGACUCAAUCUCCAAUCCAUUGGAAUGAGAUUUUUAAAUCAUUGAAUGAAAAUAAUUGGGAUAUUUUGAAUGUUCAUGGAAUAAAGAUAAAUGAAAUAUCCAAGCUUCUAAUUGACUGGGCGUCUCAAUUCUUCAUAAUAGAUGACAAUAUUCUAAGUAGUGAGACAAAUAAAAGGACCUACAAUUGCAAAAAAAAGGAUGGUGGUAAAAUGAAAUCGGAAAACUCAGAUAAUCGACGGUUUUCUGAUGAGUUAAUUCAUAUGAAUAAAAUGAGUUUACCAUAUUGGGUAUUGGAAUGUUUGUUCAGCUUAAACCACACCAGUUUAAUGAUGCUUAGGAGACACAGGUUUCACCAAAUCACAAUUUUGCAGGUAAUGUUGAUCAAUCUAUUCAACUUGAUUCUAGGGGAUUCUCCAAAUUCACAGUUAUUCUGGUCAACUUGUAUCUCAAAAUUAUGUUCCUGGGAGUUUUCUAUAGCUGAAAAUAGCAUUUCAAAAAACAAAAUACCAAUAGGAGCUUUAUUCCAAAGUCUUAAGUAUCACACAGGAGUCAAGUUAUUCUUGGACAUUAAAAAAUUAAAGGAGAAUCUCUUGGAUGAUUCAACUUUUCCUAUCAAGUAUGAUGAUUUUGACUCAAUUUUGCCAAAAACAAAGAGAAAAAGCGAACAAUACUUUUCUGAGAGUCUUCCAAUUUGGUGUAUAUUAGAAACUCCUGAAAUGAUUAAGUUACCAAGAUAUAACAGCUUUUCUGUGAUUUCAACCCCAACUAUUUCACAAAAACUAAUUGCACUAAGUAUAAAACUUUCAGCAAGCUAUUUUACAAAUAUUCAAUUCUUUUUGGAUUAUAUGACACAUUCAGAGCAAUUUCAGGGUGCAGAAAGACAUCUUGUAAGACAAGAUUGGAUUGUACAAGAAUCCUGGCUUGAGCUUCUUGGCUAUUUUUCCUAUCUGGAAUACGACAAGAAAUGCAUUCAAAUUCUAAAUAAUGUGAUUAAUCUUUUCCCUCAAGAUCAUGUUGCUUCAGUACAAAUGAGGAUUUUGCAGAUGUGGUCGUAUUCCAGGUUAAGAAACAUUAAAAUCUUUAAGAAUUCUGAUAUUAAUAAUUAUAAUAAUAAUUUUGAUGAGAUUACUAUUUCAGAAAAGUCGAUACCACAUGAAAUCAGUGUCUCAACACUAAUCUUUGAAAUCAUUGAUCUACAUUGGUCAGUCAUUCAUCCUAUAAUCAUUGAUGUAUAUACUUCAACAGCUUUAAUACACUUUUUACGUGGAAACUGGAAAUCUUGUGAAGAGAUUUUGGAAAAAGCAAUUACUAAGUCAUUAAUAAUAAGCAGUUGUUUUGAUAGUAAUAAUGAUAUUAUUAGACAUUUUAACAAGACAAUAUCGGCUAAAAGAAACUCGAAUUGGGAAUUUGAAAAUAAUCUAUUGGAUUCUAACAAUUCUUUAAAGAACAGAAUUUUGUUGAGUAAUAUAAAGUAUGUAAUCAACUCUAAAGGUGAUGAUAAAUCAAUGAUUCAAAAUAUAUUAGGCACUCAAAGUCAAGAUGAAGGACAGUUAGAAUAUGAGUUGUAUCAAAAGUUUCUCAAUUCUAAUCUACACUAUAUUCCAAGGCUACUAGAUACUAUUGAAAAUCCAAAUCCAAACAAGAUCCCAAGAACUCCACCCAAAUUAAGAAUUGGAUGGCUAUUGAAGCAACUGGGGAGAGUUAGACUCAUCUAUGCAUUGCAUGUAUAUUACUAUAAUAAAAAUGAUCAAGGAAUUGCAUGGAGAAAUGACGGUCAAUCAGUUACUGAUUCUGAAGAAUCACAAGAUGAUAAUAUUGGCAAAAAGGAAAUCAGCACACUGGCUCUAUUAGAUGAUUCAGCUGAAUCUAUUCUGGAGCUUUCUUGUUUUUCAACACAGUGGGCAUUGGAUAUAUUUGAUUAUUACUUGGGAGCUACAACUCUAGAGGCUGCUAGCUGCUGUUAUGAUCUGGCUUAUGGUCUCAUUCUACUCGAUACUUUAAUCAAAGAUCAGAUGUCUGGUGUGCUUUUGAAGAGAUCUUGUGAGCUUUUAAUUGCUUCAUUUGAUGUAAAUAGCUCACUUUUAUUAUCAUCAAGUUUCGUAUGUAUUGAAAAUCUUGUUCAAUUGGCUCUUGUAUAUGAAAAGCAAAAUUUCUUCCAAUAUUCUCUCAAGGUUUGGGGGAUAGUUUUGAAGCAGUUAACAAUCAAAUCUCGUACUUUUGAUGAUAAUGAUUACAGAAUACUAAAUGAGUUUAGUAUUGUUAGUUGGUGUACACCAAAUAAAUAUUUUAACAUUCCCUUAAAUUUUAACAGUAAAGAUAGUGAUCCUGAUAUAAACCAGAAUCAGGUGAUAAUAAAAGAGUACAUUUCUAUUAAUACAGAUAUAAACCAAGAAGAAACUCAAGAGAACGAGAAUAUUCAGGAGGAUUUUACAUCAAAAAGUACAAGUAAAUCCGAAAUGAUGGAUUUUGGUUCAUUUUCAAAGUCCAAUCCCAAUUUAAAACCAAGCUUUAAUUCUAAGUAUCUUGAGAAUGAGUUUCCCAAUACUACUACCUCACCUAUUGAUGGUUUUACUGAAACUAAUGAUAAGGAAAUUGACCAAGCUCAGAUUAUUAUUUCAGCAAAGAGCAUGAACAAAGAAUCUUCUCAGUGGAAUUUAAGAAAUGUGAUACGACUAUUGUUUUAUACCAAAGAAAGAAUGGUUUAUUUGUUUAUGAACGUUUGUAAUGGGAAUCAAUACCAUAAAAGAUUAUUUAGACUAUUUCUAUUAGCUUCUUAUUUGAAAAGAGGAGAUAAGCUGGUAAAUCUCAAAGAUUGGGAACCAAUAUUAUCACUAAACAAAGAUUCAAAGUACGUAGAUCAGGAUAGGCUUGGUUCCAGCCAUAAUGAAAAAAAUGCCUCUGGAUUGCUCUUUAGUGUAAUUUAUGAGGCUAAUUCUUGGCUUUAUGAAACUGAAGAGACUAAUUUAGCGGUUUCAUCAUUCAUUGAAAAUCAUCCAACUAAAAUUGAAAGGAAUCAAUUAUUUAGUGGAGAUGGGUAUUCAGGACCAGUUUCAAUUCUUUACAAUAAGAGAAUGGUUAGUAAUGAGGCAAUACUAGGAUCCAGGAUAAGUGAUAACAACAAUUACUAUUCUAAAGACUCAAUAACAAGCACUCAUGAAAAUAAUUACAAGAAUAGUGGUAAAUUAAUCUCAGAACUAAAAGGUGCUGGAUUUGGUAUUUCUAGAAAUGCAAGUGGCAAAAAUAUUAACGGAAGUAAACAUUAUAAUAGAAUACAAGAAAGAGCUAUGAGAAGAUCAAAUGGUGGUAAUUCCUUUAAUGAAAUGGAUUUUUGUAUGUCUGGGAUGAUGAUAAUUGAUGGAUCUAAUGAUAGCUUGGGAAGGUUUUCUUCUGAAAAAGAUCAAACUUAUGGAGAUAUGAUGAGAAGUUUGGGUGAUCUUGAAAAAUGUAAAUAUGACUUUGGGGAAGAGGAAAUGAAUCGACAGAUUCAAUAUUUGAAUAUAAAUGUAGAUGAGACUAAAUCUAGCACAAAUCCUAGGCAUUUAGUAUCACAGAUUAAGGAGAGUGUUGAAAUGACAAUGAUAGAGAACUUCUUUAUAGAUCUCAUAACAGAAGCUGAAGAUGAUAUAAAAAUUAUUUGGAAGAGCAUUAAAGAGCAAGUAAAGUUUUAUAAGACAAUAAAGAAGGAGGAAUUAGAUAAGAUACGUCUUAUAAACUCAAAGAUUCAGUACGAACAGAGAAUAAGUAGGCUUUCAAGAGCUAGGAUCAAUGAAAUCUUAAAUAAUAAUGGAUCAAAUGAAAUUAAACACAUGGAUUUAGAUCUUGAAAAAAGCACUUUUGUUAAGAACAUUAAUGAAUCAUCUGAACUUUCGAACAUAGCAGAUGAAAGUAUUUCGAUAUCUUUUCCAAUUUACAAGGGGACUUUGAUUGCAACAGAUACUGAAUCAAAGAAUUUAUUGUCUAAGCUAAUGGUUUACAGUUCAAGGAAGGCGACUUUUGAUGAUGAGUUUGAACAGAUUGGCAAUGACUCAAAAAUUAUUUACAAUUCAUUAUUGAAGAAGAAUACAGUCAUUUAUGAUAAGAAUUUAAAUGAGAAUUCUGAGGGGAAAAAGAUAGAUGGUAUGAAGUUGAACUUGGAGAAUGCUUUUUUCACUGAAAACACUGAAUCUGAUAAUAUUAAAGACUAUACAAAGUCUUCUCCUUUAAGCUACAGGAGUAAGGCUCUUGAUAUUUUGAUUUCACUAAUCUACUAUACUACAGAUUACAGGGACUACUUUUCGAAUUGGAAGGACAGCAAGAAAACUUGA